AUGUAUUUUAACGUCUUCUUUCUCCAGCUCUUCCACGUGGCCUAUGUCCUGAUCAAGUUUGCCAACUCUCCUCGACCAGACCUCUGGGUGCUAGAACGUUCCACCGACUUUGGAGAGACCUACCAGCCGUGGCAGUUCUUCGCUUCUUCUAAGAGAGACUGCAUUGAGCGCUUCGGACUUCGAACCACCGAACGGAUCAACUCUGACAACGACGUCAUCUGUACCACUGAAUACUCCCGCAUCGUACCCCUGGAGAAUGGAGAGGUGGUGGUGUCUCUAGUCAACGGGCGUCCCGGGGCUUUGAACUUCUCUUACUCCCCAGUCCUGAGGGAUUUCACCAAGGCCACCAACAUCCGCCUCCGUUUCCUCAGAACCAACACACUCCUGGGACACCUUAUGGGCAAGGCCCUCCGCGACCCCACCGUCACACGCAGGUACUACUACAGUAUCAAGGACAUCAGUAUCGGAGGACGCUGUGUAUGUAACGGACACGCGGAGGCCUGCGACCCACACGACCCCAACGACCCCUACAAACUGCAGUGUGAUUGCCAGCACAACACUUGUGGGAAGUCAUGUGACCAGUGUUGCCCCGGAUUCAACCAGCUACCAUGGAAACCAGCGACCAUUUACAAGGCUAACGAGUGUGAACCGUGUAACUGUAACCAACACUCGUUUGUCUGUUACUACGACCCCGAGGUCGACCGGAGGAGAGCUAGCGUCAACGUCCAGGGACAGUACAGGGGCGGUGGAGUCUGCAUGGAGUGUCAGCAUCACACCGCUGGUGUCAACUGUGAGCGCUGUAUCCUCACCUACUACAGAUCACCUGACCACCCCCUGGACUCCCCAUUGGCCUGCUCCCCCUGUGUGUGCCAGUCAGAGUUCACCGAUGAUACCUGUGAGGAUCUGACGGGUCGUUGUUACUGUAAACCCAACUACACCGGAGAGAACUGUGACUCCUGUGCUGAGGGAUACAUUAACUUCCCAGACUGCUACCCCAUAGAAACCUACCUCAACAACAACAACAAUAGCAACAGAGAAGCUAAUCCUGCCGGAGAAAUCAACAACUGUGAGUGCAGUGCUGCUGGUACGGAGGGAAACUCCUGCCGUCCAGACCUGCGCACCUGUAUCUGUAAACCUGGCUUCACUGGGGAACACUGUGACGUCUGUGCACCAGGGCACUACGGACUCCACUGCCAGGCCUGUCAGUGCUCAGGCGCGGGGUGGCAGGGUGGUAGGUGUGAUACGCUGACGGGGCAGUGCCAGUGUCUCCAAGGCUUCCAGGGGUACUCGUGUAACCAGUGUGCUCCGGGCUACUUCAACUACCCCCUCUGCCGACUGUGUGGCUGUAGCAGCGUGGGAACUCUCCCAGAGGGCUGUGAUGUGUCUGGACGGUGUGUGUGUCGUCCAGAGUUCCAGGGGCCGCGAUGUGAGCAGUGUAGAUCAGGUUUCCACUCCUACCCCAACUGCCAAGUGUGCACCUGUGAUCCUCGCACCUCCCUGGACUCUAGCUGCAGUGUGUCAGGCCACUGCCACUGCAGACCCAACUACAGCGGCACCGCCUGUGACCAGUGUGCUCCCGGUUUCUACGGCUUCCCCAGCUGCACACCUUGUCAGUGCUCCGCUGAGGGCUCCAGGUUCAGUAGCUGUGACCAGGUGAGUGGUCAGUGUACCUGUCUACCCAACGCCGUGGGACAGAGGUGUGACACCUGCAGCUCUGGAACCUACGAAUUCCCUCUCUGCCAAGCUGAUACAUGUAACCCAGCCGGUUCUGUACAGAACGAGGUCCUGCCAACCGUUGGCCCCUGUGAGUGUCUUCUCUACGUGGAGGGAGUGGCCUGUGACAGGUGUAAACCUCUGUUCUGGAACCUGUCACCUGACACCGUCUAUGGAUGCUCCAACUGUGAAUGCAACGUUGAAGGAACGAUGGGUGGUGUGGCAGAGUGUGCUCAGAGUAACGGCCAGUGUCACUGUAAGCCCAACGCGUGCGGUGGCACCUGCUCUGUGUGUAAAGAUGGAUUCUUCAACCUGCAGAGUGACAGCUUCUUCGGCUGUCAAGGUUGUCAGUGUGACAUUGGAGGAUCAGUGGGACAGUCCUGCGGGGAGAGAAACGGGAGAUGUCGCUGCAGACCCAACGUGGAGGGACCCAAGUGUAACAGGCCUCGUCCGGACCACUACUUUCCAGACCUCCACCACCUGAAGUUUGAGCUAGAGGAGGGUACCAUGCUGGACGGGAGACCGGUGCGUUUCGGCUAUAACCCCGUGGAAUUUGAACGGUUCAGCUGGAGAGGGUACGCUCAGAUGUCCCCAAUACAGAACACGGUCAAACUGUCGGUGCACGUGAGUGAGGUGGAUGUCUACCUCACGAGGUUCAUCCUCAGAUAUGUAAACACUGAGGCUGCUGUCUCCAAUGGCAAAAUAACAGCCUAUCAGAAGAGCCGGAAAGGCUCAGAACAGUCCAAACAGAUUGUGUUUGCCCCCAGCUCAGAACCUACCUUUGUCAAUGUGCCCCAGAAUAACUUUGUAGAACCAUUCGUUCUUAACCCUGGUACCUGGACCGUGAUCAUCGAAGCUGAGGGCAUACUGCUGGACUACCUGGUGCUCCUGCCCAGUGCCUACUAUGAAGCUCCCAUCCUCCAGAUCAAAGUAACUGAGCCAUGCUCCUACAGGCCUGAACCGGACAACAGCCACAACUGUUUGCUCUACAAUUACCUGUCUCUGGAUGGGUUCCCCUCCAUCUCUGGUAACGAUGCCAGCUGCAGGUUCGACAACCACCUGCCCAGACCCUGUCAGCAGGAGAGGGUCACCCCUCGCCACCCUGACAUGGCCGUCUGCAGUGGCAGCAAUCUAAAUGUCCAGAUGCGUAGCCGUGUGCAGCGUCCUGGGGACUAUGUUCUGGUGGUAGAAUACGCCAGUGAGGAGGAAGCACCACAGACCAUCUCCGUGUCCGUCAACACACCUGGUGGAAGGAUACACCAGCACCACGUCACACUGCUGCCCUGCAAAUACAGUUUCCUGUGUCGGGUGGUAACCAUCGAUGAGAUGAAUCGCGUGGCUGUCUUUACUCUCCCUACUGAUGCUGAGGUCCAACUGAUCGCUGACAGAGCCAGCUUCUUCCUGCACAAAGUGUACCUGGUUCCUCGGGAGAAGUUCACUAUGGAAUACCUGGUGCCUAAGGUCCAUUGUAUCUCACCUGACAGUUCAUCCUGUAUUGCGUCGAGGUUCCAGACCCCGUCUGAUUCGCUGGUGUUGAAGGAAGGUCAAGGGUUAUCGGUCCAGGAGCCUGUCCUGGCCUCCCCUGAUGACUCCCCCCUAGAGCCGGCAGGAGCCCGACCUCCCACCGCUGUGGAUAACGUGGACCACUUCCGCCUGGAUAACAGCCAGAAUGCAGCAGUGUACUCUGCCCGUGUCCACACUCUGGGUCGCUACGUGUUCAUCCUCCACUACCACCAGCCCCUCCACCCCACCUACCCUGUCCGGGUCUUCAUCAACGGGGGACGCAUCUGGCAGGGCCAUGCCAAUGCCUCCUUCUGUCCCCAUGGUUAUGGUUGCCGUAGCGUUCUGGUCUCGGAGAACCAGAUCAUUCUGGACGUGACAGACAACGAGAUCUUUCUGACUGUCCAGGUCCCUGAUGGCAAAACACUCUGGCUGGACUAUGUUCUGGUGGUGCCAGAGAGCAGCUACAGUUCCAGUUACCUGUCUGAACAGCCUCUGGACAAAUCAUAUGACUUCAUCAGCAACUGUGGACAGAACAGCUUCUACAUCAAUCCUGCCACAGCCUCUCCAUUCUGUCGUAGUUCAGCCAUCUCUCUCUCUGCGUUCUUCAACAACGGUGCCAUGCCCUGCGGGUGCCAUGAGGUGGGUGCGGACAGCGAUACCUGCGAACCCUUCGGCGGGCAGUGCCAGUGCAGACCUAACGUCAUCGGCAGGGACUGCUCACAGUGUGCCACGGGCUACUGGGGGUUCCCCAACUGUAGAGUGUGUCAGUGUGGUACACGGCUGUGUGAGCCGGUGACUGGAGACUGUAUCUGCCCACCGAGGACCCUGCUCCCAGAGUGUAUCCAGUGUGAGCCCCAGACGUUCAGCUGUCAUCCUCUGGUCGGCUGUGAGGUCUGCAACUGCUCCCGUCCUGGAGUCACCGCCCUCGACGUCAGCUGUGACACCGACAGUGGACAGUGCAGAUGCAAGAACAACAUCAUUGGUCGUCAGUGUAAUCGCUGCACCCAUGGUUUCUAUGGUUACCCCAACUGUAGGCCAUGUGACUGCAACGACGUGGGGACAGAGGAGGAAGUGUGUGACUCUUACACGGGACGAUGCCUCUGCAAGGAGAAUGUCCAGGGUGGUCGUUGUGACCAGUGCAGAGUGGAGACCUUCCACCUUGACCCCACCAACCCUAAAGGUUGCACUUCCUGUUUCUGUUUCGGAGCCACCAACCGCUGCCGCAGCUCAGAGAAACGACGGACUGAGGUGAUGGACAUGAUGGUCUGGGUGCUGCUGGGAGCAGACAGACAGGAAGUUCCUGUGACAGUAUAUCCUGGACAGGAUGUGGUGGAGGCGGACCUUGGUGAUGUACCUGAUGUCUACCAGGACCUCCUGUGGCACGCUCCUAGAACAUACCUGGGAGACAAGGUGUCGUCUUAUGGAGGCUAUCUGCGGUAUCGUCUACACACUCAGACUAUGAGAGGAGAUGUUGUCUCUCUGCCCGCUGAAGCCUCUCGACCUGACGUCAUUCUCAAGGGUAACCAGAUGACCCUGGUGUUUAUGGAGAGAGAAUAUUCUUCACCUGAAGAACCACACCUGGGGAUAGUCCACAUGGUGGAGGGAAGUUUCCGCCACGCCCGGACGGGGAACGUGGUGUCUAGAGAGGAACUGAUGAUGGUUCUGGUUGGUUUAGAGUCUCUCCAGAUCAGAGCUCUCCACUCCCAGUCUGCCCACACUGUGUCGCUACGCGGGGUCGUGCUGGAGGGAGCACAGACACUGCCCACGGGGCGACACGCCAACAACGUAGAGCUCUGUCUCUGUCCCGCUAACUACCGGGGAGACUCCUGCCAGCAAUGUGCUCCAGGGUACUACAGAGACACUAAAGGGCUGUUCCUGGGGAAGUGUGUUCCCUGCAACUGUAAUGGCCACUCUGACCAGUGUCUAGACGGGUCUGGAGUCUGUGAGAACUGUCAACACAACAGGGCUGGAGACCACUGUGAAAAAUGUCAAGGUGGUUUCCAUGGUAACACCUCUCUAGAUGGACAAACCCUCUCCUGUGACACCUGCCCCUGUCCUCUGCAGGUGUUUUCCAACAAUUUUGCAGUGGGCUGUGUGGAGAAACUCAACAGGAUGCAGUGUCUGUGUAUCCCUGGCUACGCUGGGCCCCAGUGUCAAAGGUGUGCUCCCGGUUUCUACGGCAACCCCAUGGUUAUUGGCAGCGCGUGCCAGCCCUGCCAUUGCCAUGGCAACACGGACCCCAACAUGCUGUUCAGCAACUGUGACGGGCUGACGGGCGAGUGUCACAGCUGCAUGCACAACACCGCCGGGACGCACUGCGAGAUCUGUGGCCCUGGUUUCUACGGUGACGCCGUCACUGCCAAGAACUGCACCAGAUGCAACUGCUCUCCCUGUGGCACAGCUUCGUGUGACCGUCACACAGGACAAUGUCAAUGUAAACAAGGUGUGACCGGACCAGACUGUGACCGCUGCCAGGACGGUGCGUUUGGCUAUGAUUCGUGCUCCGGGUGUCGUCGGUGUGACUGUGACGCGGCGGCGGCAGCCCAGGUCCAACCAUGUGACCCCAGGAGCGGGUCGUGUGCCUGCCAACCAGGGAUCAGUGGACCUAACUGUCGCCAGUGUGCCCCUGGGUACUGGGACUACAGCCCCGAGGGAUGCAGGAAGUGUCAGUGUAAGCACGGCCGCUGUGACCCUCGGACAGGGGAGUGUCGCUGUGGAGACGGCUUGACAGGCAAACAGUGUGACAGCUGUUCCCACAGAUACAGUGUUCCUGUACAGCACGGACGUGACAUGACCUGUGAACCAUGUGACAGCUGUGUUGUAGUCCUGUUGAAGGAUCUAGACGGUAUGAAUGACAACUUUGGCUCAGUGGCUCGUCAGCUGAUCAACAUGGGCGUCUCCUCUAUCCCCUGGGCUCGGCUAAACAACCUCAGCAGAUCCGUGAACGAUAUCGCUAAUGCCUUAGAGAACUACAGCAAUACUCUGGAGGAGAGCAGUAAUAGAGUGGACAUGUUGGAGGGAGAGUUCAUCAACAUCAAUUCAGACAUCAAUGACCUGGAGGGGAAGGUGGGGGCGACAGCAGACAAAGCAAACACUCUGGAGGACAGGGGCACUAACACCCAUCAGAGAGCCCAGGACCUGCUCUCACACAUCAAGAGCAUCAUGGGAGAUGUGAAAGACCUCAUGCUGCAGGCAAAACGUACGGGUCUGAAGGAGACUAAAGUGGAGCCGGAGGAGGAAGACCUCUCUGAGAAGAUACAGCAGGUGGAGGCCAUGCUGAGAGAGAUGAGAUUCAAGAGCUGUGUCGGCCAGAAGAAGAUAGCCGACAGAGAGCUGUCCGAGGCUGAGAAAUUGCUGGAGAAGGUGAAAGACCAGCUGGUGAGUCGUGUGGUGGAGAACGAGGGCUUGGACAAGAACAUCAGGGAGCGUCUGGAGAAGUUCCAUGACCAGCUGAUGGACCUGGGGGACGCUCUGAACCAGGCAGUUUACAACACGGCCGUCGCCUCCAAUUCUAACGCUGUUAAUGAGAAGAGGCUGGAGGACUGCCAGCAACAAGUGGAUGAGCUGAAUGUGAAGAACAAGGAGGUGUGGGAUCUCCUGCAGGUGACAGCGGAGGACGUGACCACUGUCAACGACAUGCUGUCUAUGCUGCACGACUCCAAGGAGGACUAUGAGCGUCUGGCAGCCCAGUUGGAUGGUUCCAGGAAGCCCUUGGCAGAGAAGGUGCAGAGGUUUUCCCCCUCCGUCAGUAAGAUACCCCUGGUGGAGGCAGCAGAGAAAAAUGCUGAGCUACUCAAUGAGCUGGCCAGGAACCUCUCCAGUGUGAUCUCCAACAUCAACAGGGAUGGGUUCAUCCAGCGAACGGUGAACGCGGCCCGGGCGUACUCCGACAUCGUCGAUGCCGUCAGAGACGCUGAGAUCGCUGCCAACCACGCUGCUGUGGACGCACUGGCGAAUGUACAGGACCUGGGCCAGACAGCUAACGGUCUGAAGAAAUACAGUAUUGAACUGGUGAACCAGGCUGUCAAACUACAGGAAGAUGUCAGUAAUGACUUGAAGCCCCAGCUCCAGGAUGCUAAGACUCGUCUGGAUGAGGCCAGGGACAAAUGGGAGACUCUACUGAACGACCUAGAGAUGGUGCAGAGUAGCCUCAACGUCAGUAGAGAGGAGACAGCUAGUGACAUUGAGGAGGCUAAAGCAGCAGCGGAGGAGGCCAGCAGUACAGCAGCGAGGGUAAAGGACACCCUGGCCCCUAUCAAGGAGCAGCUGGACCAAUGGCAGCAGCAGUACGGAGACGCCAACACCAACAAUGACGUCCACAAGGCCUUCCUGGAGGCCAACACCUCUGUGGGUAUGUUGGGCGAGGCCAUCCCAAUACUGAUGAAGAAGCUGGACAAGCUGCAGAACCACUCAGCCCAGAUGCCCAACAUCUCAGAGAACAUCCUCAGGAUCAGACAGCUCAUCGCUGAAGCUCGCAAGGCAGCCAGCAAGGUGAGCGUACCUGUCAAGUUCAACGGGACAUCAGGUGUACAGGUGCGUACCCCCAGUAACCUGGCAGACCUGGCAGCUUACACCUCCCUGAAGUUCUACAUCACCCUGCCCGAGGCCUCACGCGCCCGCAGACAGGACCAACCAGACAAACAGUUUGUCUUUUACCUCGGAAACAGGGACUCCAGUAAGGAAUUCCUGGGAAUGAUGCUGGAAGGGCAGAGACUGCACUGGCUCUUCAAUGUGGGCGGAGACACGACCGAGGUGGAGAUGCCGGAGGAUGUCCAAACAGAUGGCAACUUCAACAACGUGGUCCUGGAAAGGAUCCUUCAGUACGGUCAGAUGGCCAUGACGUCGGAGACCAGGAUGACCAAGGCUCUGGUGGAGGCAGGAGGGGACAGCGGACUGCUCAACCUCCAGACUGAAGAGACUGUGUUCUACGUGGGAGGAUACCCUGACACGUUUACGCCCCCUCUCCAGCUCCAGCUGCCCAACUUCAAGGGCUGUAUUGAGCUGGAGACCCUGAAUGAGGAGGUGCUCAGUCUCUAUAACUUUGAGAACAUCUUCCAACUCAACACCACCAAGGAGAAACCAUGUGGAAGAACUAAGCCGGUGUUGACCCAGCAGUGGGUGAACGACGCGGCCUACUUUGACGGGACGGGUUAUGCUGAGGUCACCUUGAAGGAGGAAACGGGGAAGAUGCAGCGCUUUGAACAGGAAGUUAAACUGAUGAGUCACAACGGCAUCUUGCUCAUGCUCCUCAGCCAGGAGAAGUUCCUGAGCUUGGCGGUGCGUCAGGGACGUCUCAGGGUCUUCUAUGACGUCACUGGUUCUCUACAGGAGCUGGAGCCUAAAGACCCAGACUCCCCUUACCUCAAGAUCAGCGACGCUGAACCCAAAUCUUUGGAGAUCAUCCUCCUCUACGAUACGACCACGCGUGUUGUGGUGAGGAACAACCGCCAAACCCUGCUCAACUACGUCUUCACCACGCCCCUGCCGCGCUUCGAAGCCAGCUACUACCUGGCUGGUGUACCAGAGGACAAGAUGCCUGAAAACCUGAAGGGCCUGUUCCCUCGCCAGGGCUCUCUGAAGGGCUGUUUUAGGAACGUCAAGGCCAUGAAUUCUCACAUCGACCUGAAGAGGAUGGCCAGCUCUGGGGUCAGCUACGGCUGUGCCAACGACCUACUGGUGGCCCGUGAGGCCCACUUCUCAGGCCAGAGUUACCUGGACUUGUCUCCAGACAGCAUCCCUGGUCUCAGGAACAACUUCUACGCAGGCUUUGGCUUCCGCUCAGACCAGAAGAACGGACUCAUGUUCUUCCACCAAGCUCAGGACGGAGUGUGUCAGGUGUUCCUGGAUAAGGGUCAUGUGGUAGUGAGGGCGGGUAACAACGAGGUGAAGACUCAAAAGACCUACAACGAUGACAACGAUCAUUAUGUAACUCUGUACAGCAACAACAACAGGCUGCGUGUCUAUGUGGAUGACAUCCUGGAGAAGAAUGGGGAUACGGGUGGUGGAGGGGGCAGCAGCCGGGUGGCACUGUCACCUGGAGGGGUCUACCUGGGAGGAACACCUGACAACAGCCUCAACAACCUCACCGGCUGUCUUAGCAACCUGUUCAUCAAGAGAGACAAGCCUUCUCAGAUGGUGAUGAAUCUGAUGAAUGUUAACGAGAACAUCAACGUUCCUCUAGACUGUCCCGCUGCCAAUAAACCUCAACAGAUCCUGGCCACACCACCACGACAAAAGCAUGUUAAGGGUAAACACAGGAAGCCUGCGGGUGGUGCUGGGUCAAGGGGGCGGAGUCGCAGUGCCAGGGAGUCCUGCCAGGGGGACCUAACCAAUCAGGAGGUUGGAGCUCUGCACUUCAGUGGCUCCUCCCACAGCCACCAGCGCUACGACAAGCUACCAGAGGCCUUCAGCAGGACGCCUCACAUCUCCAUGGGUCUACGUGUGAACUCCUCUGAAGGCCUGGUGUUCUGUGUGUCUGGAUCAGGAGAGCGUAGCACCUCUGUGAUGACCCUGUCUGUCUCCGACGGACGCCUGCUGCUCCUCGUCGACGGAGGGAAGAGGAAGACUAGCAUUCGCUCGCGCAGGAAGUACAACGACGGACAGUGGCACACGGUGUUUGUGAAGAGGGAGGGAGAGAAGGCCAGUUUGAUUGUUGAUGGGAUCAAUGCCCAGUCCAAGAGGGUCUCAGGAGGGGAGAAACCCCCCCUCAGUUCCCCUCUCUACAUCGGAGGAGUUCCCUCAGCAGUCGCCAGCUCACUUCUCACGGUGCCAGGUCCUGGAGGGUUUGUGGGCUGUGUGAGGGACCUGGAGCUGAAUGAGGAGAGCUUAGCCAGUCCCUCCACAAGCCUGGGGGUUGUACCUUGCUUCCAGACCAAUCUGCAGCCUGGGGCAUACUUCUCCUCCCAGGCAGGACACAUGGCUAUAGAUGAGGGCCUGGUGUUAGGGCGGGACCUUGAGGUCCAGCUGGAGGUACGGCUGGUGUCGGACUCUGGUCUCCUGCUGCAUGCUGGGUCUAGGCAACAGCUCAGUCUCUACCUCAACCAGGGAAAGGUGACAGUCACAGUGAACAGUGGUCACGGAGAAUUCUCCACCUCUUUCACACCAGAGGAAUCCCUGUGUGACGGACACUGGCACAGUAUCACAGUUAUGAAGAGGAGCAAUGUGCUCCAGCUCCAUGUGGAUGCAGCCAGUGAACACAGUGUGGGACCCAAGCAGGGCCGAUCCUCAGGGGCCAAGGAGACUGUGUACCUGGGGGGAAUACCAGAUGGCGUUGAUGUGCCGGGUCUCCCCGCUGCCCUGCCCUCCUUCCAUGGUUGUGUACGUAGAGCAGUCCUGAACCAGCGACCAGCCGUGCUUUCUAAACCCCUGUUAGUAUACGGAGCUGUGGGCACACAGGGCUGUCCAGCCAUGUAGACCUCUUUUACCCAUGUUACACCCGGUUUAGUCCUGUUACACCCGGUUUUGCCCUGUUCCCCGGUUUAGCCCUGUUAGACCUGGUUUAGCCCUGUUAGACCCGGUUUAGCCCUGUUAGACCUGGUUUAGCCCUGUUACCCCUGGUUUAGCCCUAUUACAUACGGUUCAGCCCUAUUACACCCGGCUAAUGCAGGGCCAAACUCAAUAUGACAAAUGUUAUAGAACGUUGUUACAUUUCUGUCUGCAAAAAUUUUAUCUGCAACAAUACACCCGUGGGACACGUUCAUUAGGAAAAACGUUAUGGAGCAAAUAGAAAUGUCAUGAAGAGAGCUGAUGAUGUGAUUCUGUAUUGUACAUGUCAGAGGUAUGUUUGUUCUAUGUCAUAUACACUACAUAGCCAAAAGUAUGUGGACACCCAUUCAAAUGAGUGGAUUCAGCUAUUUCAGCACACACCCGUUGCUGACAAGGGGAAUAACUUUUCGGGCUUGCUAGAGCUGCUCCGGUCAGCUGUAAGUGACCGGGGGAAAGGGGAAACGUUUCGGAGCAACAACGUCUCGGCCCGCAAAGUGGUAGGCCACACAAGCUCACAGAACGGGACCGCAUAGUGCUGAAGCCCGUAAAAAUCGUCUGUCCUCAGUUGCAACACUCACUACCGAGUUCCAAACUGCCUCUGGAAGCAACGUCAGCACAAGGACUGUUCAUCAGGAGCUUCAUGAAAUGGGUUUCAUGGCCGAGCAGCCGCACACAAGCCUAAAAUCACCAUGCGCAAUGCCAAGUGUUGGCUGGAGUGGUGUAAAACUCACCGCCAUUGGACUCUGGAACAGUGGAAACGCAUUCUCUGGAGUGAUAAAUCCCGCUUCACCAUCUGGCAGUCCGACUGAUGAAUCUGGGCCAGAAGGAUGCCAGGAGAACACUACCUGCCCCAAUGCAUAGUGCCAACUGUAAAGUCUGGUGGAGGAAUAAUGGUCUGGGGCUGUUUUUCAUGGUUCGGGCCCCUUAGUUCCAGUGAAGGGAAAUCUUAACGCUACAACAUACAAUGACAUUCUAGAUGAUUCUGUGCUUCCAACUUUGUGGCAACAGUUUGGGGAAGGCCCUUUCCUGUUUCAGCAUGACAAUGCCCCCGUCCACAAAGCGAGGUCCAUACAGAAAUGGUUUUACGAGAUCGGUGUGGAAGAACUUGACUGGCCUGCACAGAGCCCUGACCUCAACCCCAUCGAACACCUUUGGGAGCCAGGCCUAAUCGCCCAACAUCAGUGCCCGACCUCACUAAUGCUCUUAUGGCUGAAUGGAAGCAAGUCCCCGCAGCAAUAUUCCAACAUCUAGUGGAAAGCCUUCCCAGAAGAGUGGAGGCUGUUAUAGCAGCAGUGUUCCAACAUCUAGUGGAACGCCUUCCCAGAAGAGUGGAGGCUGUUAUAGCAGCAGUGUUCCAACAUCUAGUGGAAAGCCUUCCCAGAAGAGUGGAGGCUGUUACAGCAGCAAAGGGGGGACCAACACUCCAUAUUAAUGCCUAUGAUUUUGGAAUGAGAUGUUCGACGAGCAGGUGUCCACAUACAUUUGGCUAUGUAGUGUGUAUUUUUAUCUGAACGUUCCACAACGUUUUUUCCAACUGUUUAAAGGAUCAAUAUAAACACACACGUACAUGCCGUCUACGAUACGAUCACUGGUGGUGGGUGAUAUACAGUAGUUAAUUUAAAUAUAUUUAUUUUUUAUCUUACAAAAUGUAUUUUUAAAAAAACUAGUUUUCGCUUUGUCAUUAUGGGGUAACGUAUGUAGAUAGAUGAGGAAAAACAUUUAAUUUAAUCAAUUUUAGAAUAACGUAAAAUAAAAUGUGGAACGUUAAACAAAAUGUGUAAAAAAGGGAAGGGGUCUGUAUACUUUCCGAAUACACUGUAUGUUGCUUUCAAGGAAGAAGGAAGUUCCGACUACUUUUAGAAGACAAAAAUGUUGUUUAAUCACCGUCUUUCUGCUUUAGAUACAUUCAACUUUGACCCUAGCUCCAAAUGUUACAGAGGAAAAUGGAUGUCUGUCUGUGAAACCGGCUCUCGGUAAUACUGUGGACCAUCCCCUUAAAUAAUUCCUCACAGUUAGCAUUUGGCACAUCACAAUGAGCCACACCAUGUGUGCUGUAUUCUAUACAUUAAUUACACAUUUGGUAUAAUGGGAAAUGUAUGGAUUAUAUCACAAGAGAGGAGUUUAAAACGUCAAGCAAUUACUGUGUAUAUAUAUAUAUAUAUAUCUCACUCAGAUAACAAGCUGAACCCCCUAUUCAGUAUAGUUGUUGAAAAUGUAUUAUUUUUAAAUAAAGCUUUCUUCAAUACAAAAUG